AACAACCCGAGUCCGCCGCCGGCCGAGUCGUCAUUAAAAUGACGCAUGUCAAAUUUUUGUGAAAAGGAACGUAUUUCUCUGACUGACUUGGCGAUUCGAUUCAGAUUUUCUUUCAGUGCUAUCUUGAUGACUUGUGUAAAUUCAAUGUUAAUUUGAUUUGUUAAUGACUGUAUUUUAUUAGUGAUUCGGGAUCGUGCGUCGAAUAAACUUAUAGCCGUGCUCAUGUGGCCGCCGGGCUAAGGGAUAUAUCGUAGGAAUCGCUAUAUUUUUUUGUAAUAAUAAAUAACGUUUAAUAACAUUCAAUAUGAUUCAAGACGAUGAGUUUGAGUUUUUGGUGACAACCCCGGAGCGGAUAAAGGCUCUGGGGUUCAAGCCGCAGAAGGAGAUAUUAACGAACCACAUCUUGCCAUAUGCCGCCGAAUUGGAUGGAGAGUCCACCCGAUUCCUGGAACAGGUGAAGCUGAACCUGGGCAGAGCGGUGAUGCUGCGCGAGAUGAAACCGGCUUGCGGGGUCUGGUCCUCCCGGCUCAUGAAAUACAUUCGCAUCUAUGGACUGAAGUUCGGAAAAGAAGAUCACAUCACAUUGAUCAAGCUGGCUUACGAACUUGUUCUCAUUCCUGAUCUCGAACCAUGCAAAGUGCACAAGUUUGCUACUAUGUUUCUAAUGCUCACUAAGAAAAGACAACUGAUUUCACCCGAUGAACUGACGCUGCCGUGGCGCCCGCUCUACGAUAUGGGCAGGAAAAUAUUUGAUAAGAGCUCCACACACAUUGGAAUGUACCAUUAUCUCAAGGCAAACCGCACUUCUAAAGGAGGUGAUAAGCUUGAUUUGAUUCGCAAAUUCCUGUCAGGCGACGGGCUGGGUGACGCCCUAGAGUUGUUCGGCCUAGCAGGCGCCGCCGAGAACGAACUGCCCACCUCGAUUGAAGGAUCGUAUAUAUCGAUGGUCAAAUGCGCAAGACCGUACUUUGAAUUAAGCGCAACAAAAGAAAUUCUGGCAGAAUUCUUGCCCCAGAUCAAUCCAUGGGCAGCUGAAACCCACGUGGUCUGCCAGAUGGCUGUGUUCCUGCCGGUAGCUCUGCCUCCCCAACACGCCGAACAUGGCCACUUACUGUGGUUCGAUGAACUCAUGACACUGUGGGAUACCUGCUAUAACUCUCAAUGUGGGGUUUCGGAUCUCAUGAUGCUUUUCGCGGGCCUCGCUAAGCGCUGCCCCGGCGCUAUCGAUUGGGCACCGUACGUGCCGAAGAUGUUCGUACGAUUCCUACACGCUCUGAACCUACCGGUCAGCUACAAAGACAUGCAGAUCACCAGAUGCCAUUCUCUUGAUAUGAAACACGUGGCGUCAUGGAUCGUCUGGAGUAUUUGUCCCGAUGGUCUGGUCCUCAAGCAACUGCGCAGUUUCCUCAUCGGGGUGGAGAGCUAUUUGCACAGCGCCAACGCAGGACGCUGGUCUUACAAGCUGAGGGACCUCCUACGGAAACUAGCAAGAGAGUUUCUGAACAGAGUACGUCGUGAACGCGAGAAGCGCUUCACUGAAGGCUGGGAGAAUCAAACUCCAGCUCACUAUUGUCUCAGAGAAGAAGACAUUACUGAAUUCGUCAUUAUCGUUCUCGAACCAACUCUGCAAGCUGUCUACAGCCGGAGCGGCGCCCUCGACAUCUCCAUCGCGCUACAAAACUUAGCGACGUUACGUCCCUCUAUAGUAGUGCCGCCUCUUUUAGAAAGACUCAGGACCUCUUUGACGUCACUUACUGAACCUCAUAGAGUCACUGCUGCUAUGUCGGCUGUCGCAGCAGUCGCCAGGCCCAUGCUGCGAGGAGGCGAUGCCGAUUACACAGAAGGACCAACACAUGUUGUGCCCUUCCUAUUGGCCGUAUUACCCGGCCUUGAUCCAAAUGACAUUAAAAAGACACUAGUUACUUUACACUUCAUCCUGAUCUUCAGUUGGAUGGUGCCAUUUAUAGACUGCAGUAACGCUCACGAAUUCUACGAGGAUCUGUCUGAAGAUGAGCUUAUGACCUGUGAAGCUACUGCUCAAAUGGAAGACUUCGUACUGGUCUUCUUAGAUAGACUGUUUGUUAUUAUCGAGUCCAGUGUACUCGAACAUGUAAGACUGGAUACUAAGGAAUCCGACUGGGUUCGAAGCAAGACUGACGCUGUGAUGGAGACCUCGAUAUCCUCUGCAGCGACGGCGGUGCUGAUGCAGUGCUCGCCGAGGAUAUUCAGCGAGGCACUGAGGAAGUUCAAAGCUUUCGCCACAGAAUCGACUUUUGAAACGAAUGUGUCAGGAAGUAUGGUCGGUGUGAUGCUACGCGUUUUUGCUAGGAUCAAUUCUGAAGCAACUUUAGCUGCUUUUCUGCCUAAACUGUGUGAGGAACUCAAAGAGUUGCUGUCGACAGAAGAGGCGCUACACGAUGAGAACCCGCCUCGCGAUCUAAUGUACAGACUCGUUCUGUUGAUGCAUGUAGUAGAAUGCGACGGGACAGUCCUCCUUCGCUACAUGGACGAUAUCAUUCCAAUAUUAGAUAGAGCGUUGAAGUUACACUCUAACUACGCGCUGUCGAGAGCGUGUGAGGUUUUAAGCCACAUCCUUACAUCUCUAUGCUAUAUUGAUUUGAAAGAAUGGAGGAGCUCGCCGAAGGACUACGGGAAAGCUCCUGCUGAGUGGCUGCCUAUUCGUGAAUGGGGAUAUGGUUGUUUGCUGAAGGAUGCCAACUUUAAGUGGCACGUGCCCAAUGAGGAGGAGGCUCGGUGCGCUCAGAUGCUGCUGGACAGAUAUCUGACGGUGGAGGCUGACCGGCUGCAGCAGUGGCUGAGCGGCGAGAGGCCGAUGUGUCGCGAGCGGAGGCUGAGGAGCUUCUACAUCAUCAAUGCGGUGCUGGCUUGCAGCACGUUCCUGCCGCCGCCUGAUGAACCACCUGUAGUGCUCAUGGACUCACAGGUCCCGGCCACGAGCCUGCCCUUCACAUGCGGAGUGACUCACAAAGUGACCUUCCGCGGUGAGAAUGUUCGCGUGGCGCUCACUCGUCUGCUGCUCCAGGUGCAGUCGCGUCUACUGGACGACAAGACUGAUGAUACUCGGGGACUUGAGAUGCUUAUUCAGGUGUGGGAACGCGUAGUUGUGAUGAAAGGCUUACGAGGUGGACCAGGACUUGAGGCCCGUCUUCGUUCCUAUGGAGCCCUAGAACGGGCGCUAGACGGUCGCGGAGGCCCGCCGGACUUCGACUGCGGGACCCGCAACGUGGGCGCGUCCAGACUGCGGAUGUUGGCCGCUGACGCCGCCCGGCUACACGAUGACUCGCGCUACGAUCUGGUCUGCGAGGCUGGUAUCACGCCGUCAGCGUUGAAAGCACUGCACGCGCUUGCUGAUCUGUCCGUCAAUACGUACAGCUCGGUCCGCAUCUUAGCCCAAAUCCGUUUAUAUUGGAUGUUGAGCCACUACCCGUAUUCGUACCGCUCGCUGGUGCCCAAGCUGGCUGGUAUCCUAGCCGCGGGUGGUGAAGGCGACGAAUGGCAUGCGCGACACAAAGGCGUGCUAUUCAUGAUGUUGGGUCCUCGUACUGGCCCGCUUGUUGCUAAGCAAGACUGGGAUGUGGUCAGGACCCUGUGGCCCGCUAUACUUAAUGCACCGCUCAGUGAGAAGCCCAGUAUGGUCCGUCUAGAGCAAGCGUUCAGCGACACUCUACACCGCAACUUCCCGACUGUCAACACUCGGCUUGUGAUGCCGCAGCGCGCGAUAGAUGUCGCCUCGAACUUGUUGAACGAAGCGCAGUUCACUGACCUCAAGUUUACCGAACAGUUUAAUAACGCCAUAGCCCGUGAAACAGCGUCCUCGGACAGAUCUGAAAGGCUUUAUAAUGAGCUCAUUGCAGAGCUCAUUAAAGUUGUGGAGACGCCAAAUGUACAAUGGCGUCGCCUAGAACUGGCAAUGCAGAUGCUGACAUUCUGCCCCUCGCUCCAAACCCCGUACCCCGGGUUCGCGGUCCGCCCUAUCAUACAAGCUCUCCUACACGACGAUAUCGCUGUACGGCGGACUGCGCAACGCUUGACUCACUACAUACUGAAACAACGCAAGCAUAAGCUUGUCAAAGUCAAGAUGGACCCGUAUGAGAUUGCUGGGGUACCGAGGCCAGUGAAACAUGUUCCAGGGUACAGAAAGGAUUUAGAAUGGGCAAUAUGGUCGGCGGACAGAGUUCAUCACACUGACGAGGAGUGGGAGAAGCCAUUCCUGAGGAAUCCAAUGUACGGGUUUUACUGCUGGCCAGAAAAACUAGAGGUAUCAGCGCCCUCUAGCGAGCAAAUGACGUCAGCGGAUCUGCGUCCUGAAGACAUGGAGGAGGGUGAACGUCAUCUGUACGAGUUCUUCACUGAUGAAGCGAAUGUGGACCGCCUGGUCGCCUUCCUCACUGUUGAGGAGAAGAAGGGGAAAGACAAGUUCAAUGGGAUACGGUUCUCCAUGUUUAGGAUCCUCUUCAGCCAGUUCGGCGAGGCGGUAUCCCAGCGCUUCACGAGCCACGCUCUCCGCUGCGCGUCGGACUCGCAGGAGGCCCCGCAGCGGUUCGCGGCCGAGGUGGCCUCCGCCGCGCUCCGGGCGCCGCGCUACUGGGGCCGGGAGCGGGCUAAUGCCAUGUACCGUACUGGACUGCAGAUAUUGGAGGCUGGCCUGACGUCAGUUAUUGCGGAGACCCUUGAGGACUGGGGCACCUGUGUAGCGACUGGAGUGGAGAAACUGGACCCCACGCGUGGGCACCAGGUCUUGUCCACGCUGCUGCAGCUGUGCGCGCCGCAGCCGCGUCUCAGUGACAACGAGCCCGAUAGAGACUCCUCGUUUAGCGUCUGUGCUAGGCUAUACGCACUACAGGGCGCGCUUGGCUCACUGCGCUGGCGAGCGGCCCCGCUAGCCGCUGUUCUGCUGAAGCGGCUAGAAGAAGCUAACUUUACACAACACCCCUACCAAAACGUACGAGAAACCGUGGGCAGCCUGCUGAUGACGAUCUUCGACACGGAGCUGGUGUUCCCUGGCGGGGAGGCGGGCGGGGCGCCCAGCCUGGCCGACUUCUUGACAUCUGUGAAGCCGCGACUCGCCGCCUUGUACGACGAGAACGGUGAUAUAGUGAUAAAGACGGCAGCGUCCCUGGCCAUCCAGUACGGGUCCCGCGCGGAGGGCCCCGAGGAGCGCGCGCUGCCCGCGCUGGGCGCCGCGCCCGAGGUCGCGCACGUCGCGCUCGGCGGCGUCGCCCGCCUCACGCCCGCCGACCAGCCGGCCGCGGACGAUGCGCCGCAGUGCCUGUAUUUACCUAGAGAAUUGAACAUAUUUGACAGAACUGUGGGAGCUGUUUUUUAUUACAUUGAAUGUUAUUUGUACCAGUCGGCGGAGGGCAGCGGCGCGGCGGAGGGCGGCGGCGGGCAGCGCGGCGCGCGCGUGGAGCGGCAGCUGGUGGAGCAGCUGUCGUCCGCGCUGCGCCUGGCGGGGGACGCCGCCGCGCCCGCGCCGCGCGACCACGCGCGCGCGCUCAACCUGCUCACCACCGUGUUCCGCGGCUGCAUGGGCGUGGUGGUCCGCGGCGUGAGCGGCAGCACGGUGUCGCAGUACGUGCUGGUGGGCACGGCGUGCGCGCUGGCGGCGCGCGGGCCCCCGCAGCCGCACGACGAGCUGCCGCGGGCCUCCGCCGGCCUGCUGGCCUCGCUGGCGCUGGCCGUGCACUCCAGCCAGGCCUUCGACACCGCGCUCGCCAACCUCGAGACCCUCGCCGAAGGUCGUUCCUGGUGGGCUCGCCUCGCCUGCCUGGACUUUGCACAGCCGCUGUUGUUUUACGGCUUGCCAUUGUUAUGUGAAAAAGUUGACCGUGCCGUCGCAACAGAAAGGUUCACAUUGAAACUGAUGCGGGAUCCUCGUCUCGAGGUCCGCAAGUCAGCGGCCAAGCUGCUGACGGGGCUGAUGCACUGCCACGCGCUGCCGGACGAGGAGGCCACGCUGCAGCGGCUGAUGGGCAGCUGCCGGUCGCGCGCGCUGCUGGAGCGGCACUGCGGCGUGCUGGGGCUGUGCGCCUACCUGGCGUCGCGGCCCUACAGCCUGGGCGCGCGCCUGGGCGCCGUGCUGGCCGAGCUGGCGCGCCACACCAGCGCGCCCGACCCCGUGCCCGCCACCAUCCGCGCCGCGCUGGCCGACUUCCGCCGCACGCACCAGGACGACUGGCCGCGCCACCGCGAGAACCUCACCGAGGAGGAGCUGGACCUGCUGGCCGACCUCACCUCGCCGCCCUCCUACUGCGCGUAGGCGGCGCAACUGUAUUCCCCUUACGUUAAGCGAUUUAUUUGUGAUAAUGAUCGAUAGCUUUACCUAUGACUCAAAUUUUAGUUGCAUAAUUACUUAAUCCAAAUAACGGUUUUGUUCAUUAAACCUGACUAUAAAAUAGUAGAUGAUUAUACCGUGGAAGGUAUAUUAUGAGCCACCGGUAAAUCAGUGUAUUAGAGGCGCCAUAAAUGUUGUAGUGUUAGUCGUGUAAGUUUCUACGAUGACAUGUAAGUCAUCGCAUCACUUGCGUAUGUUUUACUACAAUUUCAUAUUUAGAUCGAGUCCGUCAUGGUGGUGGAUCACAACUCAUAUUCUGUGCCCACAUAGUAGUCACCGGUGAUGGAUAUAACUUGUAAGGUGGAUAAUUAGUAAUAUAUAAUACUACUGGUACUUCUUGUUAUUUUAAUUGGUUUCGCAAUUGCUUUGGUGAGGUUGAUUUUAAAGUUUCCUUUAUGACUGUUGGGCAUAGUGUUGGCAUUGUGUUACGAUGUUUUGUGUGUACUAUUGUUUAGUACUUUAUACACCACUUAUUUGUUCCAUAUUUUAGAUCUGUUUAUGGGGUUAGGGAUUUGUAAAUACGUGUAUAAAUCUUUCUUUUUUAGGAUGUUAUAUUAAAUUAAUUAAUAAUUAAGUUUGUUCUACUCU